AUGAUCUCCUUCUCUCUGCUUUAUUUCUCUUUUCCUUUCUUAAACCCUCCUUCUCCCUGCUUUAAUCUCCUUCUCCCUUUAGAUCUCCUUCUCUCUGCUUUUAUCUCCUUCUCCUUGCUUUAUAUCUCCUUCUCUUGCUUUAGAUCUCCUUCUCUCUGCUUUAUUUCUCUUCUCCUUGCUUUGGAUCUCCUUCUCCUUGCUUUAGAUCUCCUUCUCUCUGCUUUAUUUCUCCUUCUCUCUGCUUUUUCUCUUUCCUUGCUUUGGAGUCUCCUUCUCCCUGCUUUAGAAUCUCCUUCUCCUUGCUGUAGAUCUCCUUCUCUCUGCUUUAUUUCUCUUUUUCCUUGCUUUAGAUCUCCUUCUCCCUGCUUUAGAUCUCCUUCUCCUUGCUAUGAUCUCUCUCCUUCUCUCUGCUUUAUUUCUCUUUUCCUUGCUUUUAGAUCUCCUCUCUGCUUUAUAUCUCUUCUCCUUGCUUUAGAUCUCCUUCUCCUUCUUUGUUUCUCUUUUCCCCUCUCUCCUUCUCCUUGCUUCAAGAUCUCCUUCUCUCUGCUUUAUUUCUCUUUUCCUUGCUUUCUCUCCCUUCUCCCUGCUUAUUUCUCUUCUCCUUGCUUUAGAUCUCCUUCUCUCCUGCUUUAUCUCCUUCUCCUUGCUUUAGAUCUCCUUCUCCUUGCUUUAGAUCUCCUUCUCCCUGCUUUAGAUCUCCUUCUCCCUUGGAUCUCCUUCUCUCUGCUUUGUCUCCUUCUUCUUGCUUUAGAUCUCCUUCUCCCUGCUUUGGAUCUCCUUCUCCUUGCUUUAGAUCUCCUUCUCUCUGCUUUCAUUUCUCCUUUCCUUGCUUUAUUUCUCUUCUCUCUUUAUUUCUCCUUCUCCUUGCUUUAG